AUGGGGCCGGACUCGUCGCCCAAGAAGUGGAGCCUCAAGGAGCAGCGCGCCGCCUACCUCCAGUGGUUCGCCCUCGCCGACGAAGACGGAGAUGGGCGCCUGACGGGGAACGAUGCGCUCAGGUUCUUCGCCAUGUCCAAUCUCUCCAAGCCCGAGCUGAAGCAGGUUUGGGCGAUCGCUGAUUCCAAACGCCAGGGAUAUCUUGGAUUCUACGAGUUUAUGACUGCCAUGCAGCUGGUUUCUCUUGCACAAACAGGGAACGAAAUCAGUCAAAACACCCUUUCAAAUGCAGACCUCGAUAGGUUGCAGCCCCCCACAAUGGAAGGUCUGGCUAAAAAACUAAAAAAGAACUCUGGAAGCAAGGGCGAGUCUGCUAUUGUUGCAUGUCAUCCAUCAGAAUCACCAAUACCUGCCAGCUGGUUCAACUCCAAGUCAGGAAAGAAGAUUCCUUUGAAAUCAGUCACUUCAAUCAUCGAUGGGCUAAAGAAAUCAUACAUUGAGAAGUUGAGGCCUUUGGAAAAAACUUAUCAGUUCCAUGACUUUGUCUCUCCCUUGCUGACUAGCAGUGAUUUUGAUGCGAAGCCAAUGGUCAUGCUGUUGGGUCAAUACUCCACGGGGAAAACAACAUUCAUAAAGCAUUUACUAAAGACAAGUUAUCCAGGUGCCCAUAUUGGACCAGAACCUACAACAGACAGAUUUGUUGUCAUCACUUCUGGACCGGAUGAAAGAUGCAUUCCUGGAAACACCAUUGCCGUUCAAGCUGACAUGCCAUACAGUGGCCUGUCAUCUUUCGGAACAGCAUUUUUAUCAAAGUUUGAAUGUUCUCAGAUGCCACAUCCAUUAUUAGAGCAUGUAACCUUCGUGGAUACUCCUGGAGUUUUAUCAGGGGAGAAGCAGCGAACGCAGCGCAGCUAUGAUUUCACUGGAGUUACGUCAUGGUUUGCGGCCAAGUGUGACCUUAUUCUUCUCCUGUUUGACCCGCAUAAACUUGACAUCAGCGAUGAGUUCAAGCGUGUGAUCGGGUCACUCCGCGGGCAUGAUGACAAAAUACGCAUAGUUCUCAACAAGGCAGACCAAAUUGAUGCACAACAGCUGAUGAGGGUGUAUGGAGCACUGCUAUGGUCGCUCGGGAAAGUCCUGAACACACCAGAAGUCAUGCGUGUCUACAUAGGUUCAUUCAACGACAAGCCCAUCAGGGAGACAGCGGCUGGCCCACUGGGCAUGGAGCUGUUCCAGAAAGAACAAGAUGACUUGCUCUCGGACCUCAACGACAUCCCCAAGAAGGCCUGCGAUCGUCGGAUCAACGAGUUUGUGAAGCGCGCUCGGGCCGCCAAAGUCCACGCGCACAUAAUCAGCCAUCUGAAGAAAGAGAUGCCCGCACUGAUGGGCAAGGCCAAGGCUCAGCAGAAGCUGCUUGACGGCCUGGAUGAACACUUCGCCAAGGUCCAGAAGGAGCUGCACCUGCCGCCAGGUGACUUCCCGAGCGUGGAGGAGUACAGGGAGCUCCUGAGCGCCUACAACUUCGACCAGUUCGAGAAGCUGAGGCCCAAGAUGGUUCAGGGCGUGGAUGACAUGCUGGCCUAUGAUAUCCCGGACCUCCUGAAGAAGUUCAGGAACCCCUACGACUGA